AUGGGCAACAAACUAUCAUCACCACUCUCCUAUUUUUCUAACGGCACAAAUAAUAAUGAUAGUAAUGAUAACAAUGAUGAUAACGAUGAUGAAUAUUCAUCAAGUUCCGAUCAUCAUAAACGUCGUCAAAAAAUAGAAGCAAAAGGUGGUUAUGUAUCGGUUCUCUCAUAUCAUGAUCAAUUAUUAUUGGAUCAUUCACAAGUGUUGCAAUGUAAAGCAUUAUUUCAGGCAUUUGGUGAACAUCAAUUUGAAAUUCAGGGAAAUAUCAAUGCAAAUAUUUCAAAAUAUGUGCAGGGAAGUGAAUAUAUUGUGAAAAUUGCAAGUGGUGGGCAUCAUACUGUAUUAUUGACGAGUUUGGGAAGGAUUUUAUCAUUUGGAAAGAAUUUGGAUGGUCAAGUUGGAUGGAAAACUGAGCUCAAUCAUUCGAAUGAUAUUGGAGAAGCAAAACCACUUUACAAAUAUACAAAUGAGUUUGCUGUGGAUGUGUGUUGUGGAAAUAAUCAUACUGUCAUUUUGACUAAUCUUGGAAAUUUAAUGGGAUGUGGUUGGAAUGCAUAUGGUCAACUUGCAGAAGGUCCACACAGUUCUCAAUCAUUGGAUUAUAUCAAAUUUAAAGCAAAAAUUAGAAUGGUUAGAGCUGGUAAUAAUGCUACUUGUAUUUUAGAUGCGGAUGGAAGACUUUAUUUGAGUGGAACUUUGCACAUGACAGAAUGUAGACUUGGAGAAUUUACUUUAAUGGAUGAUUUCUCUGCCAAGCUGUCAAAACAUGAAAAAAUUGUGGAUUUUCAAGUUGGUGGCAGACAGGUAGUGGCUGUCUCAUCAAAAAAUAAGGUUUUCAUCUUGGGAGAGGAUUAUAUUGACAGAGGAGGUUCCAAUUAUAAGAGAUUUACCAAUGUGACAAGCAAGUUAGGAUUUGAUCCAAUAGAAUUGAAAAGCUUUUCUGUUGGUCUCUAUCAUUGUCUGUUCCUCACACAUUCUGGAAGAAUGUAUGCAACUGGCUAUAAUGGAUAUGGUCAACUUGGAACUGGUGAUUUUCAAGAUUUGAAUACACCAAAAGAAAUUACCAAAUUUUACAAAGUUGACCCAGAAAGUAUCAAGAAAGGCAUCACUGCAGAACAAGAUAAGAUUGAAUAUUAUGAAUGUGCAGUUGCAAAAGAUCCUGAAUUCUACUCUGAUGUUCACUUUAUUGAGAAGAAUGAAUUUAUAACAAGUAUUCUCGCUGGAUCAUGUCAUAGUUUGUUUGUGAGUAAUUUGGGAACUAUUUACGGUUGUGGUUAUAAUGCUUAUGGUCAAUUGGUGCUUCCACUCGAAGUGGUGGAUGAAUAUGACGAUGAUGCCGUUCCAGAACCAAAGGAAAAGAAUCCAGAUGUGAAACAGUUAUUAAUCGAUACCACCCGUUCCAGUAAUUUCAUACUCUUUUCAAACUCUGCUGCAAAUAUUACUAUUUUGGCUGAGAAACAAGCUAUUAAUCUUUGGAUGUACAAGUGCUUGAAAAACAGAGCUAUUGGAGGGGAAUUGGGCGAUGUUGUCUUUUCUUUUGAUCAAUAA